UGAUGGUAAUACUUUCGGAUCUGGAAAUGAUUUUCGUGUAGAUUUUCUGCGACGGAAAUCCAAUCAUGAGAGAAAUGGUUUGGGUUUGAGAAGAAUACCAUUAAUCAGUUCACGUUUUGGCCUUUUUGGUUUAAUUUAAUGCUCCAAAUCUGACACCAUGAGGAAGAAGCUCGAUACAAGAUUCCCAGCUGCUCGCAUAAAAAAGAUAAUGCAAGCUGAUGAGGAUGUUGGGAAGAUAGCACUGGCUGUGCCUGUUUUAGUUUCUAAAGCAUUGGAACUGUUUUUACAAGACCUUUGUGACCGUACAUAUGAGAUAACUCUCCAGAGAGGAGCAAAGACUAUGAGUUCAUUGCAUUUAAAGCAUUGUGUACAGAGCUACAAUGUGUUCGAUUUUCUGAGGGACAUUGUCAGCAAGGUUCCCGACUAUGGUCAUGGUCAUGGCCAUUCUGAUGCUCCUGCUGACGAUAGAAGUGUGUCCAAGAGAAGGAAGGCUACCGGGGAUGAGUGCAAUGACAGUGACGAAGAGUCAAAGAAAAGCAGGAUGCAUGAGGUGAGCCAGGCUGGCAGCAGUGGCAGAGGGAGAGGCCGGGGCCGAGGGAGAGGUCGAGGACGAGGUGCUCGCAACAUAGAAAGAGAAUCCUCUCAUCGUGAGAUGGAAUUGGAGUCGUGUGCAGCUCCUCAGGAGAGCAUGAAAAACAAUUUGAGUCCCGGAGGUUUGGUAGAUAAUGGUCCUGAGUUGAAGGAACCUGUGAAAGAAAAUAAAGUGGGAGCUGAUGUUGCUGGUCCAGCACCAUUGAACUUUGACCUGAAUGCCGAUGUAAAUGAGAACGAGAACGCAAAAGCUGCUGCUGCAGCAGCAGCAGGCAAUGCGUCAUCGGCAGAGCCAACUACCGGACUCAAACAUGAAGAGUAUCCUGGUUGGUCUCUUCCAGAAAUGGACAAGAUGGCCAUUGAUCCUCUUCAGCUUGCUAAGAUUAGCAAGCGGUUGGAUGAGGACGAGGACGACUAUGACGAAGAAGAAGUAGAAGAGUGAUCGACCAUUUGAUGGAGACUUUGUAGGUAACUGGAUUUUUUUCCCUGGUUCAUACGGUAGGGAGUAAUUACCAGUGUAAGAAGCACAAAAAAUUGGCACCUCAUAGGCAGUAGAAAUGCUCUUAUGUUAGAUUUUAUUUUCUAUUUUAGUGCCCUGCAUUUGUUACUAUAUGUUCAUAAUAACUUUUGCUAACAACCUUUCUGAAGGGUAGAUUGCUAUAACUAUCUUGUAACAUCAGUUUGUGUAAUUUCACAGCUCAAUGUAGGAAGGUUGCUAGCCUCACAUAUUGAGUUGCUCUUAUU